CGAAUUCCCCCAUGGGAUAAAGUUGCCAUUUCUAUUUUGCGAAAUGGCUGCUGUUUCAGACUUUUUUUCUCUAGGAAGUGUAGUUUGGUGUAGAACUUGUUAUAACAAAGAAAUCGAAGGCGAAGUAUUGGCGUUCGAUGCGCCUACUAAAGUAUUAAUUCUAAAAUGCGCUCCAACUAUCGGAGAUCCGAAAUUAAAUGAUAUCCAUUUUGUUAAUUUAUCCCUUGUUAGCGAAUUACAAGUCAAGAAAGAAGUUAACAACGUGCCGGAAGCUCCACAGUCUUUGAAUUUGCAAAGGCUAAACACCAGAGUGAGGAAUCAGGUGGACAAGAAGAAGAGGAAAUUCCAAGCAAUAUCGGCUAAUGUCAGUUCCGAGGGACAGAGUUUGUUCAUAGCUAUAUCUAAAACGAUUCCCGAGGUUAGGUGGAAAGAUUCCGAUAUUGUGGUUUUUAGUGGUGUAACUAUUAGCCCACCCUAUCAAUUGGAGAACAUAAGAGGGAAUAAGACCAAUGGAGAUUACAAGUAUGUAAGGAAAAUUGUGGAGAAGCAUAUUAAAGAUUUAGCCUUAAACAACCAGAGCCCACCAGUGUGUCAAAAUAAUACUUCGCAGUAAGGAUACAACAACAACAACAAAGAAUGUUUAGAUAAUUUAUAUAUCUGAAAUAUGGUACCUCUCUGUUAUAUUUGAUUUUCAAAUUACAAUAACCUUUUUUUUAUUUGCAUAUCAUUUUUAUUAAAUCCGCAAAUGUUUUACGAAUUGAAAAUCAAGUGUUUUUGUUCAGUUUUUUCAUGAGUCUUGCGUUGGACAACGCGAGAGUCGACUUUCUUUGUCCAACGCAACACCCAUCUAU